CUUUUUGUCAUCACCAUCAAGGUUCUCAAUCGCCGGCUCUAUUCUUUUGCACUAUCCACAAGAAACAAAAGAAAGCAACAAAAGCAACAAUAGCUAGUAUGUACUCGUCAUCGUCMCUCUUCCUGAUCUUGGCUACUGCCAUUGCCCUUUGCUCGGUCGAUGCCUGGACCGCAACCUCUUCCGCCUCGUCCUUCGGAGGACGCAGCCUGACUUCGAMCACCAAACAAGUUGUYGUUCUUGGAAACGGAUCCAAUAUGGAUAUGAAGAAGGGAAAGGCCAAUGUCCCACCCCAGAUGCGUGGACAAUACGCCCGUCAGCAGGAAAUGGCGGCAAUGCAACAACAAAUGAGAGCAUCCUCCGUUCCUGGAGAUGAUGGCCUCCCCRUCUUCAACCUCUUUGUMCGAACCACCUCGCAAAAGGUACGUCGAGUUGAGUUGAGCCCAGCUUAGCCGAGCUGAUUCGAACGAAACCRAGCAGAURAAUUGAUKAAUCCUUUUGGUAUACUCGAUGAAAAGAGCAGUAACAAACUUUUUUAUCUUCUGGUAGCUGGAGAACACAUCSGGUGGGACACUUCUUGGAUCCCAGAUCUUACACGUUUUUCGUUUUCUUUCCUCUCUUUUUUSCUCAUGAUUGUACCACACACGAUCCUCUAUUUUUUUUCGCUCAGAUCUGGUACCCAUGCGGAAGUUUCAAGGGCGACGACCGCUCGGCGGCCUUGGCCAAAUCAUGGUCAGAGGGCGGCAUGCUUUCGGGAAUUUCCAAGAAACAGCUCGACGGAGGAAUCGCCGGAUCUUUGUACAGCGACCUCGCCAAACUGAAGGACACCGUCAUGCGUGCUUACCCCCAGCUCCGAAAAAAGAGUAACGAGAUGGAAUUUGGUUACAAACUUGCUUUCGAUGGACUUCCAGAGGACAAGGCCAAGCAGACUUUCCCUGUCGAACCGAAGGAACCAAAGGGUGCCUUGGAUGGACUCAGAAAUAUCUUUAGCUAAUUUUGCUAAACAAUUAAUGCCAGCAACUAUU